AAAACAGAAGCCCUGGGCGCGGCUUCAACAAUAGCCGACUUUCAUUUUCUGCUCUCAGCUAGCUCACAUCCUGACGUAUAGGCGAUAUUACGCACUGAUUUACACGAAUUAUCUGUUGAAGUCUUUGGGUCUUGUGGGAUUUUGAAGACUUGUCAGCUCCUCCGAAAUGUCUCGCAAGACUGCACUCAGCAUUGUCAUCCUGGCUAGCCUGGUUUCCACUGCAGAUUUCCUGCAGUGUUAUGUUUGUGCUGGCGAUCGCUGCACCGACAAACCAAUGAGCUGUCCUCCGCUUCAAGACCGCUGCCUGAAAAUGGAAACCGGUAAAGAAGGAGCCUUCAUAAAGUCCUGUGGGCUUCAAGCGGCCUGUGACAUUAACAUUGAGGCUGCUGGACUGAAGACCCUCUGCUGUGAUACGGAUCUGUGUAACGGCGCAGGGACGGUUGGCAAGAACCUGCUGCUCCUGCUGGUGCCCCUGGCCUCCAUCUUUGUGCUGUCCUGAGAUCAGACCUGCUGCAUCUCCCAGUCUCCACUGGCCUCUGGGCAGCACCAUUCACUUCCUACGCAGUAAAAGAAACGGGGUGUCAAUUUCAGACUAAAUCCAGAUAUAUGACUGAUAUAUACAGAUAUAUGUUCUAACACUGUGGAGAGUCAAACUCCACACUAAUUGUGGAGUUAAAAGUCAGUGUAAAAUUCUGCAAGUGGCCAGCAUAAUGUAAACAGUACAACUCCUAUUUACACAAUAUCGAGCAAAAUUAUCUGUUACACUGAUCAGAGUGCAAAAUUAUCACUCUAUUUGAGUGGGACCAAAUGUUAUCUGUAACAGAGUACAUUUCAACUUUUUUUUACCACAGUUAUGUUGUGUAGGUUCCAUCCUGAGGCCUUCUCCUCCACCACCAUUUACCAAAGUCAUACAUUAAUUAUUGCAUGUCUAGCGGAGUAUUCAUUAACACACUUUCACAGAGCAUCUACUAACGCACUUUUAUCAGACCAUUUCACGAGACCUAGUACUGCUAAUGCACUUCUAUCUACGAUACAUUAUUCACAGGAAGCUGUUUACGUUCACUUGUCCACUCCUGUUUGUCCUCUGUCUUAGGCCCAAUCUCAAUUCACCCCUUGACCCUAACCCUUACCCCUCCCCUCCGUUUUGGGUAGGGGUAGGGGUAUCCCAAUAGUCAUUAAGGCAGAGGGGUAGGGGUAAGGGGGAGGACUUUGUAGCCCUCAAAAAGGAGGGGUUUGGACAGGCAGACUCCGUUUGGAGGGGUAAGGGGUAGGGUUAAGGCGUAGGGGUAGGGGUAGAAAAAUACAAAUGGGAUUGGCCCUAAGUCCACUCUUGUUUAUCCUGUUCUAAGUGCCUGUUCUCUAGACGGAGAAAGCUUGAAAGCAUUUAGACUGGACAAAACAUUCUUGGCAACCAAUCAGACCAAAAAGCCCAAUGGGGUAAGUAUAAGAAUGAAGCUCUGAGAAUAGGCUGGUUGGUAAUUGUACCUUAGCGGCAAACUCAAUGUACGGUAUCAUCACAGUCAGUGGGAACACUGUGCAUGGAAUUAUCAGUGCCUAUCAAUAACGAGUCUAAUGAUACAAAAAAACCUACUUCUGCCUUUUCCAUGUCCUACAGGCUAUCCAUGAGAUAUGUGUACCUGAAAACCACGCUAGCAAUCCAAAUGUGACGUUGAUGAAUUUGUGUUAAUUUCUACUUGCCCUGGUGGACUCCUUUAUACGUGUCUGGAUGUUAACAUGUUGCCAUAUUGUGAGUGUUCAUCAUGUUUAUGUGUAGACAAUCAGAUGUCAAGGGAAUGAUUCAAUGGUCUGACGGUCUAAUGGCAUGUCUAAGUCACUAGGCCAUUGUCGGGCUAUUAAUGUGCUUUAUUUAGGCCUAUAUAGC